AUGGGGGGCCAUAUAGUUGUGUUGUGGUGUGGUGGUGUGACGGCAGGCACCGUGGUGGCGGUGUUGUGUUAUGAGUGUGGUGCAGGCAGAAAGCUCCAGGGUGGCAAGAAGAAUGGCGGGGGGCCGUCCCGCACCAGGAGCGUCCUGCUGCCCAGCCCCGUGGUGUGGGGCAGUGACGCGCCGCAGGCCUUCUCCCUGACGCUGCUGCACAACGGCGGCGGCAAAGUGCUGCUGGAUGGCUACGACGGAGGCGGCGGCGGCGGCGGCAGGGGGCGCGGCGGUGGGGCGGCUGCUAGGGCCACCCUGGCCAAUGGGGAGCGCUCCUCAGACUCCCAGGACUCCGGGGCCAUUUCGGGCACCACGUCAGGCAAGGAGGCCAGCCCGGGCUGCGAGGAGAGCUCGGGCUCCGAGCAGAGCAGCGCGCCGCCCCACGAGGACCCCCGCCACGAGGAGGACCAGUCCAGCCCCGCCCCAGCCCGCUCCUGCGCGGCCCUGCCCCACUCCCGCACCACGCCCUGCUCAACGGGGGGCGCCAUGACGCGCUGGACGACGCGCUGCGCCCCCUCACUCUCUACGGGCAGGAGACGGGCGGCGGCGACUUGGGCAGGGUGCGGGCGGCACACGAGGCCAACAUGA